UGACUUUCUCAUUUUGAAAAACUCAAUAGUCACUCCUCCACACGCAUAUAUAAGCACGCCUAUCUCUCCUUCUACUUCCAAAUUCUUCAAACCAAUUCACACAACUCUCCAAACAAACACAAAAACCAAAAAUCCUCAAUUGUUUCUCCUCUCAUUUCAAGUGCUUUCCUAAACCACUUUUGUUUCAUCUCAAACUUGUUUAUUACUUAGUUUCUAAAAUGGAAGAGAUUGAUGUUCCACCAUAUUUUCUCUGCCCCAUCUCUCUAGAAAUCAUGAAAGACCCAGUUAUAGUCCCAACGGGCAUAACCUACGACCGUGAAAGCAUAGAGAAAUGGUUGUUUGCAGGGAAAAAGAAUACAUGUCCAGUCACAAAACAAGAGCUUUCAGCUGAUUGUGACUUAACGCCAAACCACACUCUUAGGCGCUUGAUCCAAUCAUGGUGUACCAUGAAUGCUUCCUAUGGAAUCGAAAGGAUUCCAACACCGAAGCCUCCAAUGAACAAGACCCAGAUAGCAAAGCUCAUCAAAGACGCCAAAUCUCCACAGUUGAAGAUAAAGUGUUUACAAAAGCUGCGCUCUAUAGCUUCAGAAAGUGAAACCAAUAAGCGCGUCAUGGAAGCUGCUGGUGCGGUUGAGUUCUUAGCUUCAAUUGUUAUGACUAUCAAUACAUUGGAACAAGUUUCUGAUGAUGGGGUUGAAGUCCUUACAAGAGCAAUCAGUGAAGCACUAGGUAUGCUCUAUAAUCUCCAAGUCUCUGAAGCUGGGCUUAAGAGUCUUAUUGGUAAAAAUGGUGAAUUUAUUGAAACUUUGCUACGGGUCAUGCAAAAUGGGAACUACGAGUCUCGUGCUUAUGCGGUUUUGUUAUUGAAAUCAAUGAUUGAAGUGGCUGAACCAAUGAGAAUUAUUUCUCUAAGAACCGAGUUCUUUAUCGAAUUAGUCCAAGGCUUGAAAGACCAGAUUUCUCAGCAAGCCUCAAAAGCUGUUCUACAAUUACUAGUCCAGCUUUGUCCUUGGGGAAGGAAUAAAGUGAAAGCAGUUGAAGCCGGAGCUGUUUCGGUUUUGAUUGAACGUCUUCUUGAUUGUUCAGAGAGAAGGACUUGUGAGAUGGUGCUAAUGUUGUUGGACAUGCUUUGUGGAUGUGCCGAGGGACGGGCCGAGUUUUUGAAGCACGGGGCGGGGCUAGCCAUUGUGUCUAAGAAGAUUCUGAGGGUUUCUCAGAUGGCAAGUGAUAGGGCUGUGAGAAUUCUUUUGUCCAUUUCAAAGUUCUCAGCUACACCGAUUGUGCUUCAAGAAAUGUUGCAGCUUGGCGUUGUGGCAAAGCUGUGUUUGACACUUCAAGUGGAUUGUGGAGAAAAGGUUAGGGAAAAAGCUAAGGAGAUACUUAAAUUGCAUGCUAGGGCAUGGAAAAGUUGUUCAUGCUUACCAAACAAUUUGCUUUAGUUCAUACCCUUCUUGAGAGGGAGACAGAAAAUUGUAACUUUUAUGUUUUUAGACUUUUAGUUAUUCCCUUCUUUUGUACAUAAUUGAUAGUAUGAUGAAAUGAAACAACUAUACAUGGGCAAGAAUUUGAAGUUAACCAA